UACCACUUUGGGAUUAUAGCAAUUUUCUGCAUCAGCAGGAGGAUGGUGAAUCGAAAGGAGGACAUACUUGCAGGAUCUAACUAGCUGCUACGGAUUGACUGGAGGAGAGAGGAGACGGCAGAACGGAUAAACUAAAGACAAUUUGAAGGGAUCAAUUCGAACAACCGAAUUGACUUUUGUUUCCGCCCGUCUGCUGCCACGCUCCAGACCUGAGCGCACACCAACACAGAGUAAUUUUCUCAGCGUCAGGCAGUUGACCGGUGAAGUCUUGCGCCGUAGGGGGAGAUUGGCGAUGAUCCGCUUUCGGCUUUGCCAGAAGUGUCAGGGCCUUCUCCGUUAGAGCUCAUUGUGCUCAGAGAGUGAGAAGGAGCCAGCAGUGUGUAGUUAUCUGAGGAUGACACCCGCACUUUAUUCCAUCAGAUAGUGCUCAGUGAGGUGUGCGGUGCAGCUUGUCACGCUUUGUCUCUGUGCUACAUAUUAAACACACAUAAAAAACGACACAGAAACUACACACAAUGCAUUAGGUCCUGACAAUCAGUGGAGUUCUGCCCGGACGUUGAACACAGCAGGAUUUCAGCUCAAUGCGUAUGAAGCGAGUGUGUAUCUGGAGGGAAACCAGGCACUGACUGCACCCAGUGGAGCAUGUUGAAAAGGAAGUUAGGCCAGUCGAUGCUGCACGAUUAUGCUCUCUGAUAGCCUAUGAUUAUUCUGUGGAGUCUGAAAUUACCAUGUAAAAUCACUGUCCGUUUACACGACAUAGCAUAUCAAAAAAGGUCUUGCAUUCAAGCGAGUAAUGGCAGCUACCUUGAGGGAAUAAUGCGCAACACUCUGGGGUAAAAUCACACACCAAAAAAAAAAAGGAGAGUUGUGUCUGAAUCUCUGGCUGCAGACUGCUCAACGCCUUACAAGUUCUACACAGGGCAAGCACUUCCACUUUCUGUCUUUAAAGUGCUCCACUCCAGCUCAAUAGAUUUUAUUUAACCUUAGCUAUCUCCUGAUGUGUUGCAAGAUAGUGUCUCCACCUCUUCGGAGACUUGGCCGGCUCGGUUAUACCUCAAAGCUACAUUGACUCAUGCCUGCAGAUUUGUCGGGUUAGGAGUGCUGAAACCCUUUUUUGACUCAUUAAAACACAUUCUGCUUUAUUGGCCUAGAUUUUGGGUCCUUGAGGGCACAGGAAUGUAGGAAGUGCUAUUUUUAAAAUCAAACAUUCAGUCACAAUCAGAGGAGAUAUAUUUGACUAAUGUAGGAAGGCCUGCUUUAACUGAAAUAUAGCAUUAUUGAUGUUUUUGCUCCUUUGUGUGUUGUGGUCUGACCUAUGAGAGACAAGCAGGCUGUUGUGGUUAAACUGUGUGCCUGAUUGUUCGUCCAGAGCCUUAGGUUUGACGCCGCAGUGUACAGUGAGCUAAUUAAGCUGACCCUAGUUUGGCUAAUUGCACUGCUGCCAUUACUAGAAGGCCUCACUUAUAAAGAGCAAGGCCUCCUUUGGUCACUUCUGGUGUUGUUUUUUUCUGCUUUAUUGAUCAGAGAAGCUUGGGCUUUGGUCUCAGGAGGCUUGGAGCACUGUGGUAGAAAAUAGCUAGCCUAGCUGGGUUUGCUUUGUUGUUGUGCUUAGAUGGGACCGGGCUUCUACUCCUCUGUGUAGCAGCAAGGCCUUUACACUGUAUGGAUUUAAGGCAACACAUUCUGUUAGUUCUUCCUAAGCAGCGCAAGGUGCAAAAGCCAACACUUGAACUUUUUCUCAUUGCCCGAAGCUUUUCUUUGUGUGCAUUGUGAUGUGAAGCUCUAGCUCUUUUAGCGCCUUGAGCUCUGGCCAAACUUCUGUGUUUUGCGUGCAAGCAGAGACGCUACGAUUCAGUCCUUUGCAGCUCCAACAGUUUCUUUGCAUGCAUUGUGAUCCAGUGUAGUCCUUUCUUCAAGUCUUGUCCUCAAACAACAACUUCUGUCCGGUUGCGCUGAGGCAAAGCUGGGCGGUCAGUGCGUGCACGUGUCUGCAGCAUUGCAGCAGAGGAACAAAUCUGUGGGUGUUUGUGUGUCGACUUGUUUUUUCUGUAGCGGUGCACGCAGGGUCACAGAGGAGCCAUUGAUCAAACGUGCACAUCGAAACACACAGAUACACACACAAGUUCUCAAUACACAAUGAGGCCUGUCCGGAGCUGUGUCCUCUGCCGCCUCCUCCCUGCACCCUUCUCUCUGGCCUUGCGCAGCCUGGUCCUGGUCCUGCUCUGUAUCACUCCUCGAUGUCAGGCGGUGCAGGCGGAGAACGUGACCGUCCUGGAGGGGGGAACGGCCCAGAUCUCCUGCCGCCUGCAGAACUACGAUGGAUCAAUCGUGGUCAUCCAGAAUCCCCGCCGGCAGACCCUCUUCUUCAACGGCACACGAGCCCUGAAGGACGACCGUUUCCAGAUGGUGCUCUUCACGCCGCGCCUGGUGCGCAUCACGUUGACCAACGUCAGCGUGUUCGAUGAGGGCGGCUACUUUUGCCAGCUCUACACGGAUGCCACGCACCACCAGGUGGCCACGCUUUCCGUCUCAGUUCCCCCUGAGACGCCCACGGUGGAGGUGAAGCAGGAGGCCGUGGAAGGCGGGGAGGUUGAACUCACCUGUGUGUCGCCGCGCAGUAAGCCAGCCGCCACCCUGCGCUGGAUUCGCAAUGGGCGGGAGAUCCCAGGUGUGGUGUCCCAGCAGGACAACGGGAAGACAUUCAGUGUGUCCAGCACCAUAAGGAUCCCGGUGGAAAGGAAAGACAACGGAGCGGCUCUGAGCUGCGAGGCAUUCCACCCGGCACUGGCCGGGCAGAAGAGGAUUAGGCACUACCGUCUGGAUGUGUAUUUCGCACCCACAGUUAGGAUCGUUCCUCCUACAGGAAUUCUGCGAGAGGGCGACUCACUCAGCCUGACCUGCUCUGUCACUGGGAACCCCCUGCCGAGGAACAUUCUGUGGUCAAAGAUUAACGACACCUUACCUGAGAGGGCGGAGAUUUCUGGCCCCACCUUUCAGAUCUCACGUCUCAGCCAAACACACAACGGGACGUACCUAUGCCAGGCUCAGAAUAACUACGGACGCGCUGCUGAUCAUUACACCCUACUGGUGUACGAUAAUGUGUCAGUCACUACCACGGUCCCUCCCACUCCCACCACCCAACCAAUCACCUCCCAUCCUGUCACCCCAACCCUAAUACGCAGUGCAGCCCCGGACGCCAAAGAUCCCGGUGCAGUGGUGGAGACUCACAGCGCAGUACCCUAUGCGGUGAUAGGUGGCGUUCUGGCACUGCUGGUAUUCACAGUCAUCUGCGUCCUCAUUGUCACCAUCUGGUGCUCCGUCCGACAGAAAGGUUCCUAUCUUACCCAUGAGGCCAGUGGGUUGGACGAACACGGCGAGGUGCAGGAGGCCUUCCUCAACGGGAAUGAUGCCAGCCAGGGCAAGAAGGAGUACCUACUGUAGCCCUUCUCCCCUCCUACUCCCCCUUCUUUCUUCUGACCUCAUCCCCUCUAUCUCUCCCUCUCCCUAUUUCCCACCUUAUAUACAACACACACACACACACACACACACCCACACAAACACUUCUACACAAUGCGCCAGAACAGGCGGCCUUCUGAAAACGACUGUAUACAGAUACCGCACACAGCCAAUCCAUCCCAAUCCAAUCCACUUCAUAUGUUCCACAUCCACAGACUGAGAAAAAGAGAGCCUAUAGACCCACCAGCCAUUAACGACUGUGCCAUAUAUACUGUUAGUCGGACAAACUAUGGAGAACACAGAGAGAGAGAGAGAGAGAGAGAGAAGAGGGAGGUGAAUGCAGACAAAACAACAAAAAAAAACCCCUGAAAUGACGCCAUAAUUAUUUUGAUCGAGAACGAAGUGGGGGAGCACAAAGAAAAACAGGCACUCUGCCUGUGCAGCCGCCAAAGUGGAAGGGGAAUUAGAGGCAGAUGACUGCUAUAAUUCCCUGCCUGGAGAAAACCAUCCAUUGCACAAAGCUCGAUCUUUAACAGGCGCAGGCAGAGGCAGCAGCGUGCGAGUGGAGAGGGAGCUGAUGACCAGGAGCUCUUGAAUGCUAGAUGCUAUAAAAUUGAAACAUUUUUUUAAAUUACAGAAGCGUCCAUCCUACAGAGGAGAACUUAGUUUUAGUUCUUUCACAACACAGGAGUUUGUAAGCCCUGAGUCCAGAGACCUUUUUCAGACUUUAUGGACAAACUAAAUGCCUUGUUUUGCUACACUGUAAGACCGAACAGUUGAAGGUUGCUGAAAAAUUGAAAAAUAACUUAAAAAAAACAAUUUUCUAGUUUUCUGAGGCGACUAAACAAAUUUUUAGUUUUAAGUUAACAGUACUCAAUCAUUUGUAUUUUGUAUUCCUUAAUCUGCAUAGUUUUCCCAGAAUGCCCCUCGGCAUUUGACACUUGUGCUCCCUGCAUGAAGUUACUGACUCAGUCAGAGAAGUCCUGACUGUAGGAACCAUCAUCAACAUGACAAGGACAAGUAACUGAACUCUGUGAAAGAGUACUGAACAGUUAUAGGUUGUUUGAAGUAAUGACUUGUGGUAAAACCACCUAUUUCAGCUGUAUUUUUCUGAAUUCAUGACACAUUUUCUAGUUUUAAGUGAACAGUACUCAGUCAUUCUACGUGCAGAUUUUUUCACAGAAGGCCUUUUGGUGUUAGACACUUUUGCACCAUGAGUGAAGAAAUUGACUCAGUUAGACAAGUGGACGGAAACCACAACAUACUGAGGAUGGUAUACUGAAUAAGAUGGCAGAGGACUGCCUGGUUCAGUAUGCAUCUUUCAGUAAUUGUCCCUUAUAUGUGGCUUAACAAAAAGUACUCAAACUUGUUGUUUGGAAUAGGAUAUAAACUGAAUUUUUAAAGUUUCCACAGUGAAGUUUAAAUUAAAACAGUGAAGUAAACCCAGCAUAAAUAUAUGAGUCCAAAUUAGUUGAUAUAACUUAAAAGGGCUAAGUACCUGCUACUUAAAAUAUAUUGUUUUUCAGUAAUUUAUUUUUUAUUUUUACUAAUAUUUGAAGUUCUAUUAACUUAUCAGGGAUUGAUUAUUUUAAGUUGAGUCUACUCAAAGAUGUAUCUCCAAUACUUAAAGUCCCUGUAAAGUGAAAUCCAAACUUUGUGUCUUAACACACUAUGUGUUGGAAUAAGAUUGCUGUUAAGAUGUGAAAACACAGAUCUACGUGUGACUGACUUUUUUUAUUUAGACCCUUAGACAGGUGUUCACCUCUUUCCCAGCUUGGUUUAAGUUAAGUCUUGGGGAAUGGCCCUGCCUCCCUUACACUACAACGAUAUCCAAUCACAGAGCAGUUCAUCUCAAUACAGUCUUGUUGCUGAUGUCACUGCCUUCAAUGAAAGUUAACAGCCUGCUACAUACUGUGUCUUUUUUCAUUGUGAAGUAAAUUUCCCAAAUUUAUCAGCUACAGAUCAUUAAAAGUAUCAUAAUAGAGAGAGUUGUGCCAGAAAACAGUAAAUUUAAUCCCAGACUUCUGUCUCUAGGCACUAUAAUCAAAAGCAUUGUUUUUAUGUGAGAGGAUUGUUCUCGUGAGUGAGUAUGGCUUCAGCUCAUUCAGCUCCAUCCUAGAGCACGAUUUUAGAUUUUAGAUCAUGAUUUUGAAGCUUAAUUUCAUAAACUUAGAGAUGUUUGUCAUGUCUGAAAUUUGGCCUGGUGGUUCAUGACACAGUGGCCUGUCAUAUGACAAACCAAAAAUAAAUACUUUUUUUUCGCACUUUACAGGUCCUUUAAUAAUGUAGACACAAUCAGUUUGAACUAAUUUUGAAUAUGUUCAGCUUGCUCGGUUUUACAGUGUACCUCUACCCCUCCUAAUGCCAAUAAUCUAUCCAAAAAAAUCCACUUUUGGCUGUUUUUUUCCCUUUAGAGAGCAGAAGUUUGUUCUCCUGUCUUUUAAUUGACCCUCAGUCUUCUCCUUCUCCGUUCACCUGUUACCAUCCUCUCCCUUUCUCUCCGUCUCUCCCCUCCCUCUCUUCAUCACUCCUCCCUUUGUUGGCUCCUAAUAAAGAAAGGAUUAGUGUUGGGCUGCGUUCCUCACAAAGGAGAAACGAAUAUGACUUGCCAAGGCAUUAAAGAAAAUUAUUUUAGAAUGUCAUUAAGAGUAUCAAAAGGUUUUAGAAGUCGUCAUGAGGAGAGCAAAAGGAGUGAUAGCAAAAAAAAGGGAGCGAGUGGAUGGGUGUUUUUUUCUGAAUGCUACACAUAUGCAGAUACAUGCACACAUUCAUACGUACCGUAAACAUGUUGACAGAACAAGUAUACAUAUCUCUGAAGUCCUUAUUUGUAUAAAAAAUGAACAACUACAUAAAUUAAAGGAAACUUUUAAGAAAUAUGAAGCCGUUUACUAUUGAAACACGUUAUGAAACAUCUAUACUAACACAGAUAUUAGCCUAUAGAGGUUCAAAGCCGAACAAACUACUGUCCAGUGAUCUUUAAAGAAAAACAAAGAAAAGAAUAAAAAAAUCAUUUGUCUUUAUGAGAAACCAGAGGUCUUAUUGAUUUUUUAUUAAUUAUUAUUAUUAUUUGAACAAUUCUGAUUGUUGUUAAUGUUAUUAUUAUUAUUAUUAUUAUUAUUGCCGUUGUUAUUAUUAAAAUUGUAAAUGUUAAAGAAAUGUACACUUCCCAUGGUUUGUUUUUGGUUCUACUGUAGAGAAAUUGCUGUCUUUUUUCACUCUUACCUUUCCUCUCUUUCCCAAUCUUUUUCUCUUUCUCUCUUCUCUGUCUCCUGUGCCUAGUCGUCUCUUCUCCUGUCUAUUUCACUCUUGUUUAUUUUAGAGUCCAUGUGUCAUUGUUGAUAUAUAGCUAACUAUUUCUUUAUAGGGGAAAGAUACAAAGCACGACAAAAUA